GGCAGUUCAUAUUGGCAGCCGACGGGGUCAGGUAGGAGAAUGUGUUCGACUUGGCUGUGGCUGCUGGCCUUGCUGGCCUUUUUGUCUCUGACUUCUCUGGCUGCUGGACUGCCAAUGGAAGUGAUGUCUGCCCCCAACUUGUUGCGAGUAGGAACAGCAGAAAACAUCUUUGUGGAAAUUCAAGGCGGCACCAGUGAAAAUAACAUCAAAGUUCAAAUCACAGUUAUGGAUCAUCCAACCAAAACCACAAUCCUGGCAUCAACAGUUGUGACCCUUACUAAGGAAAAAGGAUUGCAGGACUUUGGACAAAUUAUGAUUCCACCUGACACAUUCAAGAUGGAUCGCAACGUGAAGCAGUAUGUUUACCUGCGAGCUGAGUUCCCUGCCCGAACGCUAGAGAAAGUUGUCUUAGUGUCCUUCCAAUCUGGCUACAUCUUCAUCCAGACUGACAAGCCCAUCUACACCCCUGGUAGUUCAGUCUAUUACAGGAUGUUUGCAUUAACGCCAGGCAUGGAGCCUAUCGAUACUGAAGUUGGAGUUAUCACUGAGAUUGUGACUCCUAAUGGCGUGAUCUUUGAGCAUGAUGUUGUUAAAACGAGAUCAGGGAUAUACUCUGGAUAUUACCGUCUUUCUGAAACUGACAUUAACGGAUCAUGGAAAGUGGUGGCAAAGUUUCACAGCACACCACAGCAGAGCUUUACUGCAGAGUUUGAGGUCAAAGAUGGUGUGCUGCCAAGCUUUGAGGUAAAACUGACAUCAUUGAGCCCCUUCUUCUACGUGGACAGUCAGGAUCUCAUCGUCAACAUUAAGGCUACGUAUCUGUUCGGUGAAAGUGUGAAUGGGAUGGCCCAUGUGGUGUUUGGGAUUAUUACACAAGAUGGUCAAAAGAAGGGCUUUCCAAGCUCUAUUCAGAAAGUGCAGAUUGAGACAGGUGAUGGAGUGGUCAGUCUGAAGAGUGAACACAUCAGACAGACCUUUCUAAAUAUCAAUGACCUGGUUGGGAGUUCCAUAUAUGUAUCUGUCAGUGUGCUGACGGAGAGCGGUAGUGAAAUGGUGGAAGCAGAGUUGAGAGGCAUCAAGAUUGUCACAUCACCUUAUACCAUCAACUUCAAAAAAACACCCAAAUAUUUCACACCAGGAAUAUACUUUGAUGUUGCGGUUGAAGUUACGAUUCCUGACGGCUCUCCAGCACAAGGCGUUGCUGUGGUGGUUGAUCCAGGCCAGGUGCAUGGACUCACUGCAGCCGAUGGUAUUGCAAGGGUAACUGUCAACACAGACGCAAGGAGCCAAAGUCUGUCAGUCACUGCGAGGACCAAUGAUCCUCGUGUUUUACUUGAAAGGCAAACAUCAGCCACCAUGGUAGCUCUCCCAUAUAUCGCCGCAAGCAACAACUACAUCCACAUAGGUGUGGAUACAACUGAAGUAUCAUUGGGACAAUAUCUGAAAGUCCAACUCUUCCGCAACGUGCAAGAACAUCAGCCUGACAUCACAUACCUGAUCCUGAGCGCAGGUCAGCUGGUUAAAUAUGGCCGAUACCAGAUGAUUCGUCAAACACUGAUUGUCCUCAAAGUUCUCGUUACCAAAGAAAUGCUGCCAUCAUUCCGUAUCAUAGCUUACUACCAUACAAGUGGUAAUGAAGUGGUAGCAGACUCUGUUUGGGUGGAUGUCAAGGACUCCUGCAUGGGCUCGCUGAGACUAGAGGCAUCAAGACCUGCUCCGUCCUAUGAGCCUUUCGAGAAGUUUGAUCUGAAGGUCACUGGAGACCCAGGGGCCACAGUAGGACUCGUGGCAGUUGACAGAGGCGCCUACGCCCUCAACAACAAGCACCGUCUGACCCAGAAAAAGGUGUGGGACAUUGUAGAGAUGUUUGACACAGGCUGCACACCAGGUAGAGGGAAGGACAGUAUGGGAGUGUUCUACGAUGCUGGGCUGUUGUUUGAGUCCAGCGUUUCUGGGACGCCCCACAGAACAGAUUUGAGAUGUCCUGCCCACAGCAGGAGGAAACGAGCCAGUGCUGAAAUGGAAGUCGGAACCAGUCAGAGUGAGGAGGAAGAUGGUUACAUUGAUAGCGUUGACAUUAUCACUCGCACCCGUUUCCCGGAAAGUUGGCUGUGGACAGACAUUGUCUUGCCUCCUUGCAGUGACCCAAGCCGUGGCUGUGAAACCACAUCAGCAGUGAAACAUGAUCUUUUAAAGGACUCAAUCACAACCUGGGUGUUCACUGGCAUUAGUCUGUCAAGAACUCACGGUGUCUGUGUGUCCGAUCCAUUAGAGGUCAUUGUCUGGAAGAGGUUCUUUAUUGAUCUCAAGGUGCCAUACUCUGCUGUCCUUGGAGAGCAGGUGGAAAUUAAGGCAAUUCUCCACAACUACAGAACCCAGCCUUCCACGGUGCGUGUAUAUCUGACUGAGGAAUUGCAUGUGUGCAGUGCGGCCUCUAAACGUGGGAGCUAUCAUCAGGAGGUCACCAUUUUGCCCAGAACCAGCCAAUCUGUACCUUUUGUCAUUGUUCCAGUAAAGGAGGGACUUUUCUCCAUUAAGGUUACAGCAACUGUUAAAGGCACAGACCUCCGUGAUGGAAUCAUAAAGAAGCUGCGGGUGAUGCCUCAAGGAGUCCUGACGAGAUCUUUAAUGGUUUUAACACUUGAUCCAGCGAAGAAAGGUGUAGGUGGUAAACAAGACCAAAUUAUAAACAGUGAAGUUCCUCUGAAUGACUUGGUUCCAGGCACACCAGUGACCACAGAAGUCUAUCUGAAAUGGAUAGAGCCAUCGGAGAACCCCAUUAGUGGAAACUUCAUGGGUAGGUUGAUCAUUAGGCCCGGAGGCUCUGGAGAGGAGAACAUGAUGACAAUGACCCUGCCUGUUAUUGCAACCACAUAUUUGGAUAAAACCAACCAGUGGGAUGCUGUGGGCUUUGAGAAACGUAAUGAAGCCCUCCAACACAUCAAUACUGGCUACCGCAAUGAGCUUGGCUAUCGAAAAAAUGAUGGGUCUUUUGCGUCGUAUAGCAGUAGACCUAGUAGCACCUGGCUGACAGCCUAUGUUGCCAAGGUGUUUAGCAUGGCCUACCAUCUGGUGGCAGUGCAAAAACAAAUCAUCUGUGAUGCUGUUAAGUUCCUGAUUCUUAACACACAGCAACCUGACGGCAUGUUUAGAGAAGUUGGAAUUAUAUACCACCUAGAAAUGAUUGGUGAUGUAAAAGGUACAGAAUCAGAUGCCUCCAUGACAGCCUUCUGCCUCAUUGCCACGCAGGAGUCACGAUCAAUAUGUGUUGACACUGUUUAUACCCUACAACGCAGUAUAGACAAGGCAGUGGCCUACCUGGAGAGGCGUCUGCCCAGCCUAACCAACCCAUAUGCUGUGGCAAUGACGUCAUAUGCCCUGGCCAACGAAAACAAACUGAACAAGGAGAUUCUCAACAAGUUUAUUUCCCCAGAGUUAGGCCACUGGCAUGUACCUAAGGGACAUGUUAACACCCUGGAGACCACAGCUUACGCUCUACUUGCUCUGGUCAAGGCAAAGGCCUUUGAAGACGCCAAACCUGUUGUCAGAUGGCUCAAACAGCAGCAGCAGGUGGAUGGGGGCUAUGGAUCAACUCAGGCUACUAUAAUGGUGUACCAGGCUGUAGCAGAAUACUGGGCCAGGUUUUACGAACCAGAGUAUAGUCUGUAUGUGGACAUAAGUUUGCCAAACAGGAUACAUCCAGUGAAGUUCCAUUUCGAAGGCCCCUUCACUUCACAGGCCAGAAGAUUGAGGUUCAGGGGUAUAAACUUGGAUGUAAACGUAACUGCCACUGGAAAUGGAGAAGCAAUGUUGACGAUGGAGUCGCUGUAUUACGCUCUGCCUAAAGCAGAAAAGAGCAACUGUGAGAAGUUCAACUUAUCAGUGGAGCUCAUACCAGAAAAUACAGAUGAGAGAGAGAUGGUGUACAAGCUGAAUAUCAAAGUUUUGUAUAAGGACACAGAGCGUGAUGCAACCAUUUCAAUCUUGGUUAUUGGCUUGCUGACUGGCUUCACUCCAAACACAAACGACCUGGACUUAUUGUCUAAGGGACGUGCCCGCACUAUUUCAAGAUAUGAGAUGAAUAGAGUCCUGUCAGAAAAAGGCUCACUCAUCAUCUACCUGGACAAGGUUUCACACACACAACCAGAGGAGAUCUCUUUUAGGAUCAAUCAGAAGUUUAAAGUGGGCGUCUUACAACCAGCUGCUGUAUCUGUCCACGAAUACUAUGACCAGACACAUUGUGAGAAAUUUUACCAGCCAAACAGAAAUGGAAGAUUACUGACGCACCAGAUAAAUGAUGAAUACAUAUGUGUUGGAGAGAGCUGUGGUAUGCUGCGGAAGGACACUCAGAACACUGAGCGCAUAGUCAAGAUUUGUGAGAGUGAAUAUAAAUUUGCGUACAAAGUAAGAGUGGAAAACUUUACGAGCAGUUUGUCCUCGGAUCUUUACACUGUGCGGCGAUUGGAAGUAAUUAAAGGAAGAUAUAAUUCUGGUCUUGAGGAUACUGUCUACACAUUCUUGAGUCUUCCACAUUGCAGAGCAUUUUUAGAUCUGAAAGCUGGCAAAACCUACCUUGUGUUAGGCACAACUGAAGAAUUUCCCAGAGACGCAAAGAGUCGACCGUAUGUGCUCAGUGAGAGAACCUGGAUCGAGUACUGGCCCACUAAUGCUGAGUGUUACACUGAGGAACACAGAAGUGUCUGCUUGGGCCUGGAGGAGAUGGUCCAGCUGUACCAAAUAUUUGGAUGUCAGGAUUAGUGAAGCUCAAGGAAAACAAAAGUUACUAUGAAUUAGUUUUUAUUUAGCAUCAUUCUCAUUAUGUAAAGCUUUUGCUGCUUUGAGAAAUAAGGGCUUACAGUGUUGCAUUGUUUUAAUUAAAAUAUAAUGCUCUCAAUGUCAUUCUCCGAGUUUUGAGUAGAGAUUAACGACAACGAUUUACCGCACCAGAGUUAAAUAAAAAUGGACUAAACUUUGGGUUGUGAAAGUGCCCUUAAGAACUGAAAUUAAGCUCAAAGUGGCUGGCUCCAACUGUCGGCAUCUUAACAGUGUCUGAGUGAGCUGAGGCGGGCAGAAUGCUUAAAAAUGACUUCAAGACUUAAUAUGAGGCAGCUGUGGCUCAGUUGGUAGAGCGGUCGCUGAUUGGAAAGUCAGUGGUUCGAUCCCUAAGGCUCCAAUAACAGUCUACAUGUCAAAGUAUCAUUGGGAAAGAUAAUGAUCCCCAAAUUUACCCUGAUGCUGACUUCAUCGGUGUAUGAAUGAAUAGUGGCAUCAAUGAGCUUGUGUAGUGUAAAGCACUUUAAGUGGUCGCAAAAAAUAGAAAGUGCUCCAUUCACCAAUAUAAUGAAAAUAGGUGAAUUAUUAAAUAUUGGGACUGGGACUAAGAAAAAGCCCUUUUUCUAAAAUUUAGGCACGCAACCCAUUCAAUAACACGUUUUCCAAUAACCACUUGCCAGCAUCUCAGGACACUAUACCACAGUCCUACAAGACAAGAUAUUCACAGCGAAAAAAAUUUCACAACCAGUGAUUAUUUGUGUUGUGUUUAUUUAUGUAGCCCCAGUCUAAAAAUAAUAAUAAUAAAAAUGUUCUGACGAGUGCUCUUCCCUGCUCUCUCCCUGUCAUCUUUUCAGCUGCAACUAUCUUCAACCUGAAUUAACAAAUUAUUUAAAAAAUAUAUUUUGUUAGCUAAUGUGUAUAGCUAGUUGAUUGUAUAAUAUGUAUCAGAUGCUUAAAAAUUAUCCUCAAAUAACCUAUUCAAUAUUUCUUCAAUAUCACACCUUUCAGUAAAUCAAACUGUCUAACUAUGAAAACAAUGACUAUUUUAGAGGAUGUUUUUGACAUCUUUUUCUAGCUUAUCAUAGGUGACACCAAUGAAAUGCAAAUUAACUAAACAAUUGUGGACUACCUGAAAUUGACCAUUCGCAAAACUCUUCCCUGAACGCUUCUUGUCCAAUCAUAUUUUAGCAACUACGAGAAGAAGGUCCGUCAAGCUUUGAGUUCUGAGCAACAAGAUGAAAUGCUGUGUAUAAGGGAUUUGUAAAAAAGAGGAGCGUUACUGACUGUGAAUUAACUAAACCAACGAUUGUCUAGCUAUGUUAGAUGAGACAACCCAAACUGGAUUUAACAGUUAUGGUUCCUUGUAUUCUUACCACUACUAGUGCAGAACUAGUCCAACAAACUUUUGAUAAUGACAUCAUCUGUAAAAUUAGCAAGCUAAGCUAGCUAACAAUGUUGCUAGGAGCUUAACAUAAAACAGGGCUGUACAGUGCUAAUAGCUAUUGUCAAUUAAAUUGGCUAUUGGCUAGCUAUUGGCUAAUGUUCCAUAAAAAUUUCACAUAAAAAAAAUCUUGAGUGAUUGGAUGGGAGAGGGGGAUAUAUAAUAGGGCAGUAUGAAAAGGAAUAUUGAGCUCCUUGCCCUCCUGUCGUCCAGAGGGACGUCUGCCCUUUCACGGGCGAUGCAGAUUGCUGGAAACCCGGAUUUCUCCCCCUCAACAACAGAUAUUACUUUUAAAAGGUGGGCAGGCAGGGGCCUAAGAGUUAUUGACCAGUUGUUCUGUGAUAAUGUUUUACAGCCAUUCUCAUAUCUCCAAGACAAAUUCUUUUUACCUCAAAGUGAUAUGUUCAGGUAUUUUCAGAUUAGGCAUUACAUCACAAAUCAUGCAGAUUGGAAUAAAAUUAAAGGUGCCCCGUCACACACAGAAAUGUACUUUAUCAAUAUAAUUAGACAUCAAGUACCAAACAAAAAACAUGUUUCCCACAUAUACAGAAACCUGUUAUUAGAUACAUCGGAUAAUACUCUUUAUUUAAAAAAUAAAUGGGAACUGGAGUUAAAUAUUAUAAUCCAGACAGACAACACUGAGACUGACAUGAUGGACGCCUUGAGUGGUCACAACCUCACCAUUGAUGACACCCUUCAACUAGCCUGGCUAACACCAGACUAUUCUCAAAUGAGGUCUAGUCUGGCAACCAACAAUGCAUUUCUCCAUAGAGGAGGUGUGGUUUACGAUCCUCCGGAGCCGUUUAUUGGGCGGUUAGAAUGUCUAUCAAAAGCGUCUGUAGGUAGCUCUUAGCCAAUCAGAUCAGUUAUACCAGAUGACGUAGUAGAGCAACAGAAAUGGAUGUUUGUUGUGUGUGUGUCUGUGAGAAAGUGUUGCUUGCUGCUUUGCUUCUCCAGUUCUCUGCAAGAUUAUUUAUUUUCACGCUUUAUUCCCCCUCAUGUCAUUCAGCCACACACAUCCACUGAUUUUAUGGGCAAUAAACAAGCUGCUGCGGGUCUCUCGGCGGCAGGGGCGCCGCUAGGGAUUUUGGGCCCCAUGAAAAGAAUCUUUACAGGGCCCCCAACACAGCGGCAAAAUUUUUUGAUGCUAUUUUACAUACAAUUAUGCAUUUUAAUGGUAUUUUUGACUAUCAUUACCAGUAGAGUGUACAUGACAUUCAUUAAUUAUAUAGGAUUUCCUAUAAUAUAACUAUUUGUAAUAGCAUAGUCACCAACAUGUAAACUUCUCUGAUUGGACUGAGAGCAGUCACCCCAGUCUGCUGCACACACCACAGAUGUUCUCCUCUGUUCUUACUGCACGUCUUCUAUUUCAUUUUUUAAAAGGGUUUAUGCUUUUUAAACCAUUAAAAUUGUUCAAAAUGCCUUUUAUUUAAUUCAUUUUAAUUAAUGAAUUACCUUCAUCUUUGUAUUGUUUUGAGACUGUAGUAAAAUGUAUUAUAUUUUGUAUUAUAUUAUGUAUUAUUAUUAUUAUUAUUUCAACACACACAGCUGCUCACCUCCUUCCUCAUGUGGGGGCACUGAGGCUGAUUCAGGGGCAGGGGGAGUUGGGGGCUGACAGACAGCUGCUGCAGCUUCUGGUGCAGCUUGACUCUGUUCAGAAUGAGGCAUCAUUUUGACAGAGGGGAGAUCAACUAUUAUUGAAUAAGAACAGCUUGAUAAAUGUUUGACUGGAUUGAUUAUUUAACUAAUAUAGCAGUAAAAUGUAAAAAUCCAGAGUUUUCUUGAGCUAACAUGGUGAGAAAAGUGAGCUAGCUUAUAGACCACAGACAGGGACAAAGUUAAUAUCCAUAACUUUCCACCACAACAAACCCACCUUUUUUUUGGAAAUACUGGGUGACAUAUUGUCGACCCUUCAACUCCUUCUCCUCUCUUAAUUUAUUUUCCUUUCUUUUUUGGCUGCCUGAUUUUUGAGGCAUACUGCUGUCUCCUCCGCUUUGCCCGCUGUGGCGCGCUGUCUGUGACAAAUCGCCGGUGCGCUACUGGCUGCAGCUGAUCCAGUUGGACUGAACCAUUUUACGUAAAUAGAGGGGGGGAAGGGGGGCCCUGCAGGGGUUGAUGCUUCCAAAACAAAUAAAGGAAUUGUUACCAGGACAUGGAAAAUAAAACAUGUGUGAUUAUAUGUUAGUUAAUAACUUAGUGUCAUUAUUUUUUCUGUAUUAUAAUUUCAUCAUCAUUAGGGGCCUCUCUGGGCCCCCCUCCAUCAUGGGCCCCUAGAAUCCGUCUCCUUUACCCCCCCUUUUCGGCGCCCUUGCUCGGCGGCUCCGCUGUCCCCCGGCUCGUAGCCAGAUCACCGGCGCCGCUAAUAGCCCCGCUACCGGUGAUCUCGCUACGAGCCGGGGGACAGCGGAGCCGCCGAGAGACCUUUCGCCUUUCAACUUUCGCUCUAAACUAUUUAAAAUGCCGUCUACAGCUAAAGAGAGUUUCGUGUCUGCAGCAGCCAUGUUGGAUCCAUAAGAAAACUACAAGCUUCCCCGCUCUGUGAUUGGAUCCCUAAAACAGGGCUAAGAAACGUCUCUGGUUGCCAGACUGGAUGGAGGUUCGAAAUUAAAUUCGAGCGCGCAAGGCAGUAUGGGUAUACCCAGGCUACCCUUCAACAGCAUCUCCUGGCUGAAUGGACCAAAAUAGUGAAGUUCAGUUAUAAAUUAGGGAUGCACCGAAUAGCAAAUUUUUAGCCGAAGCCAAAUAAAAAUCAAACACUUUGCUGAAUACCGAAUGUGGUUGUUAAGUUUUUCAUUAUUUAAAAAAAAAUACUGCAUAAAUAAAAUCAAUUUUUGGACAUGAUUUUCAAACAAAAUAAAUGUUUAUUUAAUAUUCUGACAUUUGGAUAUUUGAAUCAAAGUGCAUUCCCAAAAGAACAAAGUAGUGCAUAAAAGUGGAUAAACCCACAACAAAUUAAUUAUUGUCCUUUUGGCACAAGUCUACUUAGUCACAGUAGGCUAAUAAUGUAACCAGAAGGCUCAAGUAAAAAUUUUAUUUUUUAAAAACGUUUUGGUCUUUUCGAAGACGUCGGCCAUGGACGGAGUGGGGGUGCUGGGACACGGAGCUUUCCUCUUUGCUGCUGCAGACGUCUCUCUGCUGCUCGGGGUGUUUGGCUUUUAAUUAUUUAUUAAAGCCGUAGUCCCAAAGGUCUUAGCAGAGGACCCCCCUCUAGAUAUUUCAGCUGAGCACUCACUGCAGACCGCAAUUCUUUUUUCCAUCUCCGUAACUUUGAAAUACUUCCACACUGCCGACAUCUUUGUUUAUGUUUACUGCGUCACUGCACGUUGUUUGACUGCGUCAGUAAAACGCGCCGGGUCACUUCACAUUGUUUGCUUGCGUCAUUAAAAUGCACAGCUAAUAUUUAAUUUAUUUAAUUUUAAUUUAAUUCGCUUUUUUUGCAAUAUUCGAUGUCCCUAUUAUAAAUUGUCUGGCCUCAUCACAACCUUCUUAAAACAUAAAAGCAUGUAGUCAUCUGCGUACAAUGAACACCCUAUCAGUUUAAUAUCCGGGAGACUCCGCGUUAUUGGUUGGAUCAUCAUUUACACAGGAAAUAUGAGCACUACACCGUAGAAUGGAUGACAUGACCUACAUUUCAUCGUGUUUCAAAUGCAACUCUGCUUUCUAACCUCGACCUCUUCUCUCCUCUCUCACCUCUAUAUCUGACAAACAUUGCUUUAAUGUAAUUAAAACAAUUACACCAUUCUUGUUUGCUCUAUUUGUGUUUCCCUUUAUGGUUUGGUUUUGAAGAUUUUUGAAGAGAUAAGUAGAUAACUCUACCCAGAUAUAAAGCCUAUGAAAAGAAUUGUGAAAUGCAUCAGAACUCCUGAAUUACUAAGGAUAAAUAUAUACUGCAGAACCUCAGGGUUGGACUCACAAGAUCUGCACGAUCUCAGGGUUGACCUCAGAUGAAUGGUCUUAAUCUUGAAUUGCUCCUGAGGCUCAUGGCUGGAACCACAAAGGUUCUUUCAGCAUAUAAUGAUGCAGAGCGCAGAGACGAUUCAGUUAUCUUUUUUUUUUUUCAGACCACAACAUAUGCACAAACAUGGAGCAGAUCACAGGCACCAUCCAGGCUUUAUGCUGCCGACCUCUGUGUCUCAGUCUCUGUGUUGGCUCCAGUCUUCUGAAUCCCAGUUCCAGCAUGCUACUUUGUUAAAAGGAGAGAGAAUGAUUAUCUAACACGAUGCAGGUGUGCCGAUUACUCUUACCUUACGCUGCUCUCCUGUGCCCUCUCCACACCUCUCCCCUGCAGCUGAUGCACCACGCCCCCUCCACAGGGGGAAUUUAAGGCCGAAAGCCAGUUAACUAGGCCUCAGACCAAGUUUUGUUGCCUUUUGUUUCAAAACACGAGGGGCCCUUAUGUAAAUUAAUGGCCAUUUUGGGAGUUGCGCAAUCUGUGCAAAGCCCCACCCUGGGAUUCCUCUCCUUCAUACCCAUUGGCCAACUGACCACUUACCAGUGAUGCUUAUGAGUGGUAAUUACGAAUCAUAAAAACAAGCGGAAUACAGAUAUUUCAAUUGACCUAUUUACAUUUUUAAAGGACUCUGAAAACCAAUUGGAUUGUUUAUUCACUAAGGAAUGGUGAAUAUAACUCAGAAGAAAAGAGGGGAUCAGAUUCCCUUUUUCUCUUUUUCUUUGUCGACAAUUUUUCUAUACCUCCUUCAUCCAAGGAUUUAACAGACACGGACACCGCGCCACAGCCUGCCCGCUCGUUGCACAGCAUUUUGGCUGAUGAAACACCUGAUCGACUCUAUAUGUUUCCACACCGCAACCUCCUGACCGAAUCAGCUGAAAAAUCACAGAUCGAUUUUUACCAAGUAAGGGCUUAAUAUAUCUGAGCAGACUUUGGUUUGGAAAAGGUAUUUUCUGUUAGUAUGUACUGUGAAAUUUUACUGUUUGUGCUGCUACAGUUAUUUAACUUUGGUGCACUGUUUCUCUCUCUCUCUCUCCCUCUCUCACUGCGGCGGCUCCGAUCCACGCAUCUGUCUCUCUUUUAUCUUAUUAC